AUGCCUGAAACAAGACAGAGCGAAAUCGAGCAGCUAAAGGCUCAGCUAGAUGACCUUAAGAAGCAAAUGUUGCAUCAGGGUAACCAGGUGAAUCCUUUUGUGAUACCUGACCCAAUAAAAAAUAUGUCAGAAUUUACUGGCAAUCGGAGGGAACUCUCCGCGUGGCUCGAAGAGCUCGAUGAAAUUUAUGAUGACUACGUCAUCAAAGGACAGGAUGGUGCACCUGACACCUUCGACGGCCACUACAUUAGGGCCAUUAAAAACAAAAUAAAGGGAGAAGCCCGUACGAUAUUUGAUAAACCAGUGCCAGGGAAACAUCCAUAUCGCAAAAUAAAAACCGACCAUAACGUAAACGAGCUGCAUGAAGCGGACGACUCUGAUGAGUAUGAAGAACUUGCUGACGCGGUCGAUGCACCAACGACGACGACAGCAAUGACGUCGGACGAUGAUGACUGCGGCGAGGCAAAACAAUGUCAAAACACACAAGAAACAUCUAAAACGAAUUUUGUAAUUUUUACAAAAGUAAACGCACUUUAUUUUUCUUACAGACUUCUCCUGCUGACGUUAGGAAAGGCGGAAAUUUUUAUUCACGAUAUCAGGCAGAACCCCGUCAUCAUAGUCCCGAUCGGUACCGCUAAAAUUUGCAAUAGCUACUUGAGAAUUAUUCAUCCAAUAGAGCUAGGCCCCAUUAGGCAAGUAAUAAAUUUUUUAUAUUCAGAAGCGCAGGAAAAGAUUGUCCAUGAUAAAUUGUUGAAUCCCAUUAUUAAAACGAAAAUUGAUAAAUUAUCUCUCGCAUUUGGUAAAAUUCAAACAUCUGAAAAACGAGUCAGAAGAUGGGAUAGUUUGGGAAGAGGUUGGAAGUAUAUAUCAGGAACCCCAGACGCCGACGACAUUAGGCUUAUAAACGCGACCAUAAAUUUAAUGAUUGAUCAGGAGAACAACCAGAUAAAGAUUAACUCAGGUCUUGAUACUAGAAUCAGGAUAAUGACAGAUAGUAUAAAUGUGCUCAUUUCAAAGUUCAACAACCUUUCAAUGGAGUUCACCGAGGGUUUUUCAUCGGUCAAUCUACUUUUCAACAUUGACGAGCUCACUCAACAAAUAGAAACAAUCGGCGAAGCCAUAACCUUAGCCCGAUUUAACAUCCCCAGCAGCCGAUUGAUUAGCCUCACCGAACUAACUGUUGCCCAAAAUUUUCUGAAAGAUCAAGGACUCAAUAUAGCCACAGCGGAAAGUGUACUAGAAAUCGCUCAAGCAUAUGUGAUAACCACCAAGGAUUCCAUCAAGUACAUUCUGAGGGUACCCAAAGUAACAAACGAAAUCUACACUCUAUACCAAGUCGAAGCAGUUAUAUUCAAUGGAACUCGAGUCCAUCUAGACACCAAUUUCUACUUAAAUGGAACCACUCCUUAUUCUACAAAAUCUGUUUGUGACUCAUAUGCAGAUCAGUUUAUCUGCCAAUCUUCGCAGCUUGAAUCUCUUCAGCCCAUUGCCCGAUGGAGAAAGUCUAUAGCAGAAACAUUGUCAAACGGAUCAACGAUGGAACAAUAA